UUACGGUGCCCUCAUCCCUGAAUUCAAAUCGCUAGUCGCCAUUCACAGAAAAUUUUUGCAACAAGAAGGUUUAAUAGACUGUUGCUGGUAUUCCAUUAAUAACGCAGUCAAAAUUGUGCUGGUACUGCUAAAAUUGUUCGACACGCAAUACCCGUUGGGCAGCCGAUAAACGACUCACCAAUCACCAAUAAACUUGGAAUAUGACGACCAUUGAUUCAGACUCAGAAAGUCAAGAUAGCGACGAUGGACGUCGUUUUCGAUUUGAAACUACUCGCAAAGAUGCUACAUUAAGACUGCAGAGUCAGAACAAAAAAAAAACAUCGCCGUCUUCUAAGCAUUCAAACUACAGAUCAAGGUCUACAAACAGCGAUAACCACAACAGACGAGGUCAUAAAGCAACAAAACAGGUUCGAGACCGAUGGAAAGGUUCCAAAGAAGGAGACACCAGGGAUAAACAUGUUGAAAAAGAUAAUAGAAAUACGAAGGACACAGCUAAGGGCAUUAUUGUUAAAGAUAUGAUAGAAAUCAUUGAAAACAAAACUCUAACAGAGAACGACAAACGUACCCCAGAAUCUAUUAGUUUGGAUCAUCGAAACAGCAAAGAUCCUACCAGGAAAUCUCUAAACAGUAAGGACCACAAGACCUGCAAGGGUUCUGGAGCUAGAGAAUUAAAAAGCUCAAGUACACGAACUUCGAAAGAUACUAAAAUACGGGAAGUGAAAGAUCUCCGGGAAGCCAAGAACUCAAGGGAGUCUAUAAAUAGAGAGAGCCGUGACCGUGAUAGGGGUGCAAAACGAUCCCGUGAUAGAAGUCAUAGUGGACUAUCGGUAGCGAGAUAUGGACACAGAUCACGUGAGAAAUAUAGGAGUCGUGAAAGAUCGGAUAUCCAAGAAAGAGUGAAAUCAUUGGACACCGAGAAGUUGAAUGAUGAUAGAAACAAAAUCGUUACGCAAAAACAAAGUGACGGAAGACGAGCUGAUAAAAACAUGAUCAAACGGGAUGAUAGAUCACCAAGUAAGAUUCUGGACCAGAUUGGUAGCGACAGCGAACCAGAUUUAGGUGCACUUGAUCCUGAUAAUGGACCAGUCAUGUCUCUUGAUGCAAUUGAGGACUGUAAAGAAUUGAACUUGUCAGAUUUCGACAUAAUCUCAGACACAGAAGGAAGUUUGUCGGAUUUACCAGAAUCAGAAUUGUCACAUAAAGGACCGUUUGUCAAGGGAGAGAUUGUAACGCCACACUAUCAUGGACCGAGAGUAAGGAAACGAGUAUCGCGGCGGCAGUAUGAACGUUUGCUGAAGUCGCAGGCAGCGUAUAAUAAACGCGGCUUGGAGGAUUUAUGCAAGGUAAAUCCGAGGAACAACGAUGAUGCCGCAACGCUAGCUCGAAGUAAUAACCCUACUGCCAUUUCAGAUUUCUUAUUAGGUCCUGAGGCAUCUGUGUCCGCAAUAGGAGAACGCCGCGGAAGCCAUAUAAUUGAAGAGGAAAUCUGCAGUAACUAUGCGGAUCUAGAAUCAGAUGCAUCUGGUUGUAGCAAAAAUGCAACCAAAUCAAAAGAACGCGAUGCUCAGGAAUCAAAUAAAUUCAACCACUUAUCAAUAGAUAAGUUAAGCUUAGCUAAUUUGAAUGAAAUGGAACAACAGGGGCUGCAUGAAAGCAUUUCAAAAAACGAAAAUGAACGUGAUCUUAAUAAAAGUGAAGAGGCUCUAAAGGGGAAAAUGUAUGGGCCUACUUUGCCUCCGAAAUAUCGUAUGAAUCAUGUCUUUGCUGAAGAAGCUGGGGCUAGAGAAAUUGUACUUUCUCCGAAAACGAAGCGUAACCAUUCUUUCGAUGAAACCUCUCCGACUUUAAUGAAAAAAGCGAUGUCAGCAAAAUCUGAAAGAAACGUUUACGAAUCAAGUGUCAGUGUCGUCGGCCCUAGUUUACCCCCGAGUAUGGGCCGCAAGUUAGAAUUGCUGGAAUUGGAAUCGGACAAGCCUCUCAGGGCUUGUGGUCCUUGUCUCCUUCCAAGCUCUGCGAACAUGUUAAAUCAAGAAAAAAUAAUUGAUACCGAACAAGAAUCUGUUAAGACGAUUGGACCAAAAUUACCACCUCACCUACAACAACUAGAUAUCACUGUUGUGACUGCAAAAGUGCAAGAUUCAAUCUCACCCAAAAAUUCCAUAAUGUCGUCCGAAGAAUCUAUGUUUGGUCCAACACUGCCACCAAGUCUGAUGGCAAAGCUGAGGGAUGACGAUGUGAAAAAACUUGAUGCAGAUUCAGAUGAUGAUGUGAUUGGACCUAUCCCAGCCAAUUAUUCGGCUGCAAUGGAUGAUUAUUUUCAACAGCAGCUUGAAGAGCGUGCAAAACGAAUGAAAAAUAAACUCGAUGCUGAGAAUUCUGUCGUCGAUAAGAGAGAAGAGUGGAUGCUGGAACUGCCUUCAAUCCAGGCUCCGAAUCUCGGCCUAGCUAAAAGACAGUUCAGGAACAGAGCGGGCCCGGAUAUGUCUGACCGAUCAAGCUGGACGGACAAUCCUGCAGAUAAAACCAGAAAAAGAGAGGAAGAGUUAUCAGGAAAGACAAAAGUGGCGGAUCUAGCAACGGAAUCAGAAAAGUUGGCGAUCAGUCAACGGGAUAAGGCAAUGGAAAAGAUGGUAAAAAAACAUACAUCUAAAAAACGGAACGAGUCACUUCUAGAAAUCCACAAAAAGAAAAUCAACAAGAAAAAAAAGAAGGAGGCAAGGGAAGCCAAUGAGGCGACUAAACCAGCGCGGAGACCUUUUGAUCGAGAUGUAGAUCUGCAGGUGAAUCGCUUUGACGAAGCUCAGAAAAAAUCAAUUUUGAAAAAAGCACAACUGCUCAAUGACCGCUUUUCUCGAGGAGAAAGUAAAUAUUUAUAACAUUUGAUCAAAAUUUGCAUCAUUAGAGUACAGCUGUACUUGAUUAUUCUAUGUGUGCAAACGAGCUGUGAGUGCAUGGCUUGAAAAACUACUGUACCGUCGAUUGCAUUGAAUUUCAUUCAAAUUUUUAUAUUAAUAAAAUAAUACAUCUAUAACUGACUCGAACAACUCGAUUGCAUCGUCAUAUCUGUGCGGGAGAGUAUUAUUUAAGAGUAAUCAAUAGUUCGAAAGUUGUUCAAAGUGAUCUACUGAACUAAAAUUACCGUUAGUAGGUAUGUGAGGAAUAUUCAAUCAUUGUGACGUACGAAUUGCGAUCCUUUUAAAACAGAAUGACGAUGUUUUUAUUCAUUACGAUUUUCAUUGAUACAGCCCUGCGCUAAAGCGUGCGUUACACCUUGUGGGUGUAUCGUCAUCAUCAUCGUCAUCACCAUAAUUAUUAUUAUUAAUUCCGUU